AUGAAUCUGUUUCCGAUGAUCGAGAAAUCGGGUUCCGGAGAUCUGGAAGCGCCGCCGGCUUUGUUCCCCAAGCAAGCCCCCGCCGCCGCUGCUGCCGGCAGAGAUGAAACCCUGAAAAAACCCAAUUUCAGUGGUGUGGAAAGUGCGCAGAUGACCAUAUUCUACAGUGGUCAGGUUGUGGUCUUCGAUGACCUCCCGGCGGACAAGGCCAAGGAGAUCCUGAUGUUGGCCGCGAAGUCGAGCGGAGCCGCCCAGAACCGCCCCAGAGCACCCUUCCCUUCUCUACACGCCGCCCACAGCCCGGCGGAGUCCGCCACCGGCGUUAACCGCUUGGUUCCCACCUGUCCUGCACAGCCACCUCUUGAUUCUGAUUUACCAAUUGCCAGGAAAAACUCAUUAGCAAGGUUCCUGGAGAAGAGAAAGGACAGGAUCACAGCCAAUGCACCCUACCCAGCAAACAAACCGGAGGCACCAUCUAAGCUAGCGGCUGCCACAAGCGAGCCGUGGAUGAGGCUGGCGCCUGAGCUUAUUAUUCAGCGCCACUAG